AUGGCCGAUUUUCGGCAGCUGGCACUCGACUUUGUCCUCGAGGAAGAUGAAGCCAAACUAACAGAAUUGGCCCAGAGAGCGGCCAAAGAGCUUGAGACAGGUCCGGCCAAUUCCAACCCUGUUGCACGUUGGGUAGAGGCUGUCCAGCCAUGGAUGCCGGGUAACAACGAGACUGAGGAUGCACAAGAAACUCCAGACUGGACAUCAAGAGCAAAAGCUUUGGAGUUUUUAUCUCAUACACUGGAUUUUGUGAAACCGGAUCUCCUGAAAUUGAGCCAAGUGAAGCUCUUGAUUGCCUUCUUCGGCGCCAUGCUUGACAUUGAUCACAAAGCUGGCAUCCUAGCUUCGGCCUCGGCCUUGUCUCGGAUUAUAGCCAUGAAGGCCUUUCAAUCUCAGAGUGGCUACGACAUCAUUGGUAAAGUGUGCGGCAUGAAGGAAGACUUCCAAAGACAGACUAUCAAGACUCGCCUGGCAGUGUAUGAGUUGCUGAGAACACUCAUCUCUACCCCUGAAGUCGCGAGCAAUCUCCAGCAACGGGACGGACCUUCCUCUGCAUUCAUGACCAACCUGUUGGAGCUGUGCCGGAAUGAGAGAGACCCGGAUUGCUUGAUUGUAUGGUUUGACAUUCUGAGAAUUUUUCUCCAACAAUACGAGCCUACACAGGAGGUCCUCGAGGCCGUCUUUGCUGCUUUCAAGGCUUACUAUCCCAUCACCCUACCGCGCCUGUCGCAGAGUGGCCUUACUCCAGAAGACCUUAAAUCUCAGCUUCGGAAAUGCUUCUCAUCGACAUACCGCCUCGCAUCUCUUGCAUUACCAUUUUUGAUAGGUAAACUUGACCAAGGAGACGGCGUUACUGUCAAUGUCAAGGUCGAUGUUUUGAAAACUAUCAAAGAGUGUCUCGAAGAGUACACGCACCCAGAAGAAUCCAUUAUCCCAUACGUUAGUCGGACCUGGGGUAGUCUCAAGUAUGAGGUACGAAACGGGGAAAUCGAGGAUGCUAUUUGGGCUACUCUCGAAGUGUUGAAAACGCUCGCAACAAAACUCAAGGGCGACGAUCUCCGCAACUACACGCUGGAUGUGACGCGCGACUGCGUUAAUGACUUGUCGAAUCCCAUGUACACUACUCCGGCUGGCCGCCUCAUCGUCAGUGUUCUCAGCGCAAACCCGAGUGCAUUCGUCCUCAUGGUGGCGCCAACAAUCACGCACCUCAAGGACAAUCUACGACACCGGAAAUCAGUGACCCAUAGUCAAGAUUUGCUGAAAAUCCUUAAUGUCAUCUUGGAAACUCGACUCCUCCUGUCGCAGACGCAGAUGACUGAUGAACAAAAGAGCGAUUUUGUGUCCAUUGAUGGCAUCUUUAAGAAUCUUUACCAUGACGUUUAUAAAGGACCUGUCGCGCUUGGAAGCAACGAAAACGCCAAUGUGGAUGACAUUAAGAUUGCAACAGAGGCAGUUCAGGGAGCGGGUGCGUUGGUCUCUCAAGGAACCGUGCCACUCGGAUUGGAGAAAGAAAGUGGGCUGCUUCUUCCUGAAGCAACGUGCUCUGAAGUCUGCCAAGCGCUUUUCGCCAUUGCAUUAAAUGGGUUUGGUGGCCAUUCUUCAAACUCGAACUCAGAUGAUCUUCUGAAUGAGACAGCAAAGGCCCUACACAGAUCCAUCCAGGCCUACGCACCGGGUUUCCGACCUUUGGUUGAUCAGUUUGUGUCAGUCGCUCAAAGCAGUCGUAAUGACCAGAGUGACGAAGCUGCCGAGAAAAUCCAAAAGAUUGGCUCUCUGUUGGCUUAUAUUGGAUGCUCUGAAUUGCCCAAGUCCCUUAUUGCUGGGAGAAAUAACUUCUUGGCCCUGAUUCAUGUCAUGACUACCGAGUUAAUAGCGGCGAUGAACGCAAAAGCUAGCCCAAAGAUUUGGUGUGCGUUGGUUGUCGGUAUUCAGACUAUCUCACGCUACUUCAAUGACGCUUGCUUGAAGCAUAAGCCAGAGACGGACCAGGCUUUUGAUGGUUCCAUGUGGCUGUAUCGGGUCACUUACAAGUAUCCGGAGCUAAGAAUCAUUGCAGAGGAGGAAGAUGACGGCUCUGCACCGAGUUACAAUAGCCCAACACCGCAGAAAGAAACAACCGUUACUGAGCUUCGCAAUGACUUUUUGCUCGUUGCCCUGGUGGUUGUUCGGAGCCUUUAUCGCCGCGCAACCGCCGCCGUAGGUCUUAUCUCGGGCACCAAGACUCCGGCUCUUCAGCUCAGCAGGGACUUUGACGGCUCUGAUAAGACAUCUGAAUAUCAGUAUCUCCAUCUUGUCUCUGAUUUUGCCGGGUUCGUUGUUCGCGAGAUGGGCGAGGCUCAGCAGACUUCACUAAAGCUCGAUCACUACUUUUUGAAUCUUUUCCAAGAAGAACUAGUACCCGUCCCUGCUUCCGCUACAGAGGAACAGAGAAAGGCUAAACUGGAGAACUAUACUGAUGAGCAAGGAUCAUCAUGGGGUUGGUUGACGGAAAAGGCAGUGAAUACUCUUUCUUUCGGGCUCUUAGAGGCUAUGCGGCCGUCUAUUAUUGCAAAACUCUUUGAUUCUGGAGUUGCGCAAGAGCUUUUAAUCAGUGGCACUUUGAGCGCCUCUCUCACCCAGAACUCGGUCACCAGACCUGUAACCAGAUCUAUCCUGACCAUUCUGGCGAACAAGUACAAGGUUGAAAGCCUCGGAUAUCUGAUGUCCAAAUUGGAAGGCCGAUUGGAAGCCUCCUUGAAAAACGCCCAAAACGCUUCUGAUAGUGAUGAUGCUUCGCGCUAUCUAGAACAAGUAUCUUCCAUUUACGCAAUUGUCAGCGGGCUGAUUCGUCGCCCGGGCGGCACGCAAGCUCGAGCCCUGAUCCAGCGGCUACGCGAUGUUCCUGGGAAUGAAACUACCGGCCAUCUACUGGCUCGAAGACUGGAGAUGAUUGUUGCGCCGCAAAAGUUCUUGGCAAAGGAGAACUUUGCCAUUGUAAAGCCCCUCUGGACACAGAAGAUUUACUUUGAAUUAGUCAAGCCCAUGCUUGACAUUGCCACAAGUCAAGACGCCGAAGCUGGAAGUCAGCUUGUAAAGACCAAUUAUAGAAUUGGCGUUUUGUCAAUGGUUAAGCACAUGCCAUUUUCCAUUUGGGAAGACGAUUGCGUGGAGAUUCUACGCGUAUCAAUGGCACUCUCGCAAAGCUUGGGCCCAGGCCCAGAUACCCUGCCCACACUCGAAAUCCUCAAAAAGAUAUUAGCAGAGUCACCAGACAAGGCCCAAGAAUACGCCAAGAGCCUGAUCAACAUUUCACUGCCUUGCUUCUCACUCAAGGCCGCAGCACAGCUGACGCGGCCAGACUGGCUGCCCUCGGGCUACGUCCCGGCAAAGAUGCGUCCCGAGGUCGAGGCUGAAUGUGGAAAGCUGGCCCUGGAAGUUGUCGGUGCGCUGCCGAGGUUGUUCGAGUCGAGACACGUCGUGCCGUUUGUUCCACAGGUGCGGAGGGAGCUUUCCCUGGCAUGCGGGCAUCCGGUUCGGGAUCUGCGGAGACUGGCGAGAAUGGCCCGGGCCGCGUGGACGGAAAUCAAAUAA